UGUUUUCACUAAAAACAACGCAAUUCGUUUAAUAAUAAAGCAAAACAAAAAAAAAAUGGAAAAGAUGAAUCUGUAUGAAACAACUAUUAAAGUGACUGGCAAUCAUUUUUUUGUUAUUAUCAAACGUUAGUAUAAUUAUAAGUGUACGAAAGCAUUUACAAUUCCACAUUCGUACAGUGAAAAAAUUUGCAUGCAAAUUCGCCGACCGAUUGUUUUUUUUUUUUUUAAAUAAAAUUUUCGCUCUUCAUCAAUAUUUAUACUACUUUUUACGUUCAAUUAUCUCUCAGUUAGUUUUUAGCCUUCGUCGACAAUAUAUCUUAAAAACAUCUAAAUUUAGUGAAUUGCCAAAUUGAUUGUGAAUUGACUAAAUGUUCGGUUUAACGGAAAUCCUGAUAUGUUUUAUCUUAACUAUUCUGACCGGACUGUACUGUUCCAGCUUGUACAUCAAUUCCUACUGGAAACGGAAUAAAAUUCCAUUUAUAUCAGCCAAGCCGAUUGCUGGCAAUUUGUUGGAUCUUCUGCUUUUUCGCAAAAGUGUAGCUGAGAUUUUCUCUGAUAUUUACAAUGAUCAAGCAACAAGCCAUAAACCAAUUGUUGGAAUUCAUUUCUUCCACAAACCUGCUUUGGUCAUCAAAGAUCCUGAGUUAAUAAAAAAAGUUUUGGUGAAAGAUUUUAACUCAUUCAACGAUCGACACUCAGCAUCUGACAUCCAUACAGACAUUCUGGGUAGCACCAACUUAUUUUUCAUUCGCAAUCCAGCUUGGAAAAUUCUUCGUGGAAGAUUGUCACCGUUUUUCACAAGCGGUAAAAUGAAGCAAAUGUUUCAUUUAAUGAAAAAUAUUGGAAAUGAAAUGAAUGAUACGUUGUUAUCGUUUAAACUCGAUGAAAACAAACAAACAUUUUCUACCGACAUUAAGGACAUUCUGGCUAGGUACACAACAGAUGUUAUCGCAUCAUGUGCUUAUGGUGUUGAAGCAAAUAGUUUAAAAAAUCCUGAAAGUGAAUUUCGCAAAAAUGGUAAAAGAAUCUUUGAUUUUAACUGGUACAGAGCUGUGGAGUUUUCAAGUAUAUUUUUCGUACCUGAGUUGGUACCGUUCUUCAAAUUUAAGGCCUUUUCGAAACAAUCUACUACGUUCCUAAGGAAUACCAUCAACUACAUUAUUGGUGAAAGGGAAAGAACGGGAUCAGUUCGAAAUGACUUGAUUGAUACGUUAAUCACCCUCAAAAACGAAGAUAAAUCGAAAAAUUUAACUGCAACCAACAUUGUUUUCCAAGAUGAUGUCAUUGUUGCUCAGGCAGCAGUAUUUUUUACGGCGGGCUACGAAACAAGUUCGACCAUAAUGUCGUUUGGAUUGUAUGAGUUAGCUUUUCAACUCGAUAUACAAAGGAAACUCAGACAGGAAAUAAAGGAAACUUUGUUGGCAUCAAAGGGUGAACUUACCUACGAUAUUGUACAGAAUAUGGUUUAUCUAAAUAUGGUCGUACAAGAAAUGCUUCGAAUGUAUCCACCACUGCCCUUCUUAGACAGAUUGUGUACAAACCCCGAAGGAUACUCUCUAGAGCCGCACGAUAAUUUUGUUAUCCCUCACAAGAUGCCAAUUGUGAUACCAGUUUUUGCAAUUCAACGAGAUCCAAAGUAUUGGCCGAAUCCCAAUAAAUUCGAUCCAGAACGAUUUUCCGCAGCAAACAAAGACAAGAUUGUUCCGUACACUCUUCUACCGCUAGGUACAGGCCCACAUAAUUGUAUCGGUGAGCGCUUCGGGAUAUUACAAACGAAAAUCGGUCUCAUCAAUUUCAUGAAAAACCAUCACGUCACACCCACAGAGAAUACACCACGAGUACUGCAAUUUGAACCAAAGGCGUUGAUUAUUCAGUCGAAAGGUGGCAUGGUUUUGAAUGUUGUCAGAGAUCCUCUUUUUUAGAAUACUCAUAUAUUAAAAGUUUAAUUAACUCAAAAAAAAGGAUUUGCAAAAU